AUGCCAUGGGACUUACGACCAGUUCAAAACUUCAUUGGUUUGUGGGGACUGGAAUACAAGCAAGGCAGAUGGGUAGAUCUACCGCCUCCAGACCAAAUCGAUUUUGCCAUCAAUCCUCUACCGAAAUUUGGCGCUAGAGCUGUGAAUAUUACGCACACCUACUAUCAAAAUUUCGAAGUUAAACGUCACGACUAUGGAUACAUGCCAGUGAAGAACGCGACCAGGAGGGAUCCAAGAAUCCAUGUUGCAUAUCUAACCACGUCUAGUGAGGGUUGGUCGAUGAUGGAACAAGGGCAAGUCAAAGGACCCACAAUGUUCUUCCAUUUGAAGCAAUUUUUGCGCAGAAGUUUUGACGUGGGCCGUCAAAGCAACGGUAUAGAAGUCAGAGAGUUCGAACGACAUUUUGAAAUGUCUGACUACAACCGAUUGAUCAUGAAGAAAUUUCUUAAACAGAUGAAGAAGUUCCCCUCUCGACGUCCCAGUCUUAUUCCCGACUGUGGCGAGCAUAGAUCUACAUUCGCUUACAUCACAACCGAACUCUCCAGAGCGCUUUACCAACGCCAAAGUUACCAUCAGCGAACAGCCUCUCUCCUGCUUCAUAUGGUGACUAUUCACAAUACAGUGUGUGUUCGCUGCUCAUCAGCCGUCCUUUCGCUCCAGUUGCUCUCCUUCGACCGCCUCGGUAAUGCGCGUAUUGCCAAUAGAUCAGGUUUCUCUCUUGUGUAAAAAUGUCGUUAUUGUGUCUUUCUUUGCAUUGGCUCAAAUUCCAUGAUGAUUUAUUUGUAAAGCUGAUUAUUUCUGGUUAUUUCUUCUCAUGUAUUUUCGCUUCUGC